GGGGGGGAUAAAAGACUCGGCGGGACCCCCCCUCCGCCCCGUGCCCGGUGCCGGCAUGGCCCGCCCGCCGCUGCCCGCCGCCGCCCUGCUGGCCGCCGCCCUGCUGCGCUGCGCGCCCGCCGCGCCCGCCCGCCCGCCCGGCCCGGAUGUGUCUCGAAAGCAGCACACCUGGAAGGAGCAGAGUCCUUGGCUGUCUUCCUUGGUGAACACCGUGGGGACCGGCGUGCCUGCUAAGGGCUUCCAUGUGGGUGCAGACGAGCAGGCAGCACGCUGGAACCCACCCCGGUGCGGCGUGCCGGACCUCCCGGUGUUGCCAGAUGGCCAGAAUGGGCGGAACCGGCAGAAGCGGUUUGUCCUCUCUGGCGGACGCUGGGACAAGACCGAUCUCACCUACAAAAUUAUCAGGUUCCCAUGGCAACUUGUAAAAGCUAAAGUGAGAAGGACCAUCAAGGAAGCUUUGAAAGUCUGGAGUGACGUGACCCCACUGACCUUCACGGAGGUGCAGGAUGGACGAGCUGACAUCGUCAUCGAUUUCACAAGGUACUGGCAUGGAGAUAACUUGCCUUUUGAUGGACCUGGAGGGAUCCUGGCACACGCGUUCUUCCCCAAGACACACCGGGAGGGAGAUGUCCAUUUUGACUAUGAUGAGACCUGGACGAUUGGGAACAACCUGGGCACUGACCUCCUCCAAGUGGCUGCUCAUGAGUUUGGCCACGUCCUGGGCCUGCAGCACACAGCUGUCUCCAAGUCACUGAUGUCUCCUUUCUACAUCUUCCGCUACCCACUUAGUCUGAGUGAAGAUGACAAGCAAGGUAUCCAGUACCUCUAUGGAAAACCUAAACUGGAUCCUGACCCGACCACAGCUCAGCCAGCAGAGCUGCCCCAGCCAGACCUUGAAACAAAUGAGAUCACCAACGUGGAGUCUGUGCAGCCCGACGCCUGUGACACAGAUUUUGAUGCUGCCUCCACCAUCCGAGGGGAGCUGUUCUUCUUCAAGUCUGGCUAUGUGUGGCGGCUCCGAGCCGGAAAGCUGCAGGAUGGCUACCCAGCUCUGGCCUCCCGCCACUGGCAGGGGAUCCCCAGCUCUGUCGAUGCCACCUUUGAAGACCCUCUGGGCAAUAUCUGGUUUUUCCAAGAUUCUCAGUACUGGAUUUAUGAUGGCGAGAGACGGGUAUCUGGUCCCACACCGACUGUGGAACUGGGCCUUCCUGCAUCCCCUGUGCAGGCAGCUCUGGUGUGGGGGGCUGAGAAGAACAGGAUCUACAUAUUCAGUGGAGGCAACUACUGGCGCUUCAACCCUCACACCCGCCAGGUGGACAACAUCUACCCCCGCACAAUGGCCGACUGGCGCGGCGUCCCUCAGGAGAUCGACGCGGCUUUUCAGGAUGGGUUUGGUUUUGCCUAUUUUCUGAGAGGCCGAGAUUACUGGAAGUUCGAUCCGGUCCAGGUGAAAGUGCUGGAGGGCUACCCGCGCCAGAUCAGCCAGGACUUCUUCAGCUGUACAUCCUCCUCCAACUCCUUCAGAUGAAGGGGAUGACUGUCCUCCGUGCUCCCCUUUCAUCACCAUUACCUCCAGCAGCCACACAGAGGGUUCCCUCUGCCAUUCCCAGCUUCCUUCCAGGCUCAGUGUCUGGCACAACAGGCAUCCGGCACAACAAGCAAUCAAGUUUUCUCCACUCCAGUUCCAGCAGCCUCAGCUUCAGUUGCCUCAAUAUAAAAACAUCCGUGCUGUUCUUUGCAGGCAAGAGCAGCCACUAAACCUAUGAGGUGGCCACACUCUUCCAGCCAAAAGCCAUGGAGCCAGCCUGGAACACGAUCGUGCUCUCCUAAUUCACCUGGACCCCAUCGUGUAGAACUGAUCUGGUGGCACUGAUGUUUACAUGGCACACACCAGCAGCCCCCCGCUGCUCCGGAUGCUUCCCGGGAGCAGAGCUUCCCUGCGGCGGGAGUCUCUGGGGUCCCUGACCCGUGCGGACACGUGGCUGCCAGCGCCCACAGCCCUCGUACGCGUUAGAGGCUGGUGCUGCUCCGGACACUGACAAGGGCACCGGGUGCCAGCGCUGGACGCUGCCCCGGACACGGGCCGGGCCCCGUGCGUUCCUCGUGCCGCCCGCACCCUCAGCUGGGGGGUUCGGGGGCGCUGCUGCCCGGGGCCCCCACUCGGCUGCCGUGGGCGAGCCCUGCACCCCCCGCCCAGCACCCGCCACAGCCCGCGCGCCCUCAGCGCCCCCUCCUCAGGUCCCUCUCCUCGCCCCACGCCUCAGAGCCCCCCUCCUCAGCUCCCCUCCUCUCAGCCUCCCCUUCCCCUCCCUCACUGCCCCCCCCUCAGCACCCCUCGCUCCCCCCAGUGCUCCUUCACUCAGCACC